GGCAUACGAGAGGUUCCGGAGUUGACAAGUGAACACCCAAUAGAAGAAAAGCUUCAAAGAUGAAAUUCUGGCUGAGUUCAGUUCUGCUGUUUGUUCUUGCUGUCUAUAUUGAUGCCCACUUGGUGAAUAUUCAAGACUGUGGUGGAAUACGGAGAUUCAAUUGUGAAUCAACACGUUACUGCCCCGUACAGUUCGACCUGGAACGUUGCAACAACCCCAAGAUAUGUUCCGUUCGAAGAGGAGCAAAAUAUAACAUUAAUGUGCGCUUCCAGUGGGGUAACGAGGGCUCGGGGGUAUUCAAGGUAGACCGAAUAUUGACAGGCGUAUUGGGUUCAAUGUUUGGCAAAAUGGAAAUUGAUUAUGAAACCCGAAACGCUUGCAUCUCUGCUGGGGCCAAGAGAAGGUGUCGUCGAGAGGUCAUGCUGAAUCCGGGAACCUGGUACACGGCUGUCGAUAAGUUCAAUAUUCCACAACUUGGUAGUUAUGGGAUGAAGUUUGGAGCUAAGUACCAACUUGUCACAAAAGGCCCCAAUGGAGCUCGAAUCACUUUGCUGUGUGCUCUGAUGCGUGUGAAACUGGAGUAAAAUGUGUUGUGUUUUUUUUAUCUUUUGAAGAUGAAAUAAGAAUUACUAAUUAUUGUUUAUUUGCAAAUUAAUCUGUGCUGUUUGAAUAAUUUAAA